AUUUGAUAUGUUUCGAGGUUAUGUGCGAUAAGUGUCAGUGAAAACAUCUGAGAGACGUACGUUUUUGUGCCGCAAUCGAAUUGAGAUAAAUUUGUAAAUAAAAUUUCGGUCAAAAUGUGGUUGCGUCGAAGUAUAUUGGCACCAAAAUCAAGUGGCCGUUUUUUCUCAUCGCAAGCAACAGAGGCCAGUGUAAAAUUCGAUAAUUUCCGUACAUUGGAAUCGAAUCCAACCAACCACACUGAAGCUCAUCUCGCCCGCUUCUAUACAGUCGAUCCGAGUUUGCGGAAAACCACUUUUCAUAAGACAACAAUGCCAAAAAAGUACUUCGAGGAUACAAAAGCAUUCACUGAAAUGAGUUUGAUGGUGCGUGAGCCAGCCGUCGAAGUAAUUGGAUACCUCAACAAAACGGAUUAUACAAAGCCAAUCAAUCGUUUUGUAUUCUACGGUGAAUUGGGUGUUGGAAAAUCGUUACAGUUGCUUCAUUUGAUUCACUACGGCCAAGCAAAUGACUUUGUUAUUGUGCAUGUUCCAUGGGUGCCCGACUGGUUUAAGCGGCCAAAAGAGCGAUCCAAUUCGGAAACCAAAGAAGGUUAUUUGGAUAUUAACAUUGAUGCCGCUUCUUGGUUGAUUCACUUCAAAACACAAAACACGGACUUGUUAAUGAAAUUGGAUUUGAAAUGCUCCAAAGAGUACGUUUGGUCACAGCGUGAGUCGACCCCAGCUGGAUCAACACUAUUAGAAUUGAUUGAACAUGGAAUAAAUCGCGUGAAAUUCGCCACCGACACAAUUGCAGUGCUUUUGGAGGAGUUGAAACAACAGUCAACGGAAGGCAAGUGCCGAACCAUGGUUGCCAUCGACGGAUUCAAUGCAUUCUUCCACCCGAAAACCGUCAUGAAAUUCGACAACAAAAUCAAAGCAACGCCGGACGACAUUACAAUCACACAGCCAUUCUUGAGUAUGACACAAUCGGACUGGACCGGAGGAGUGUGUUUGCUGGUCGUCGAUAAAUGGGCUCUGUCCGAAGACCGAAUGGAAUCCAAUUUACCGAAAUACCUAAUGGGACGAAAAGGUUUCGAAUUCAUCGAUCCAUUUGUUCCGAUGCGAGUCGAUUUGUACAACGAUCAAGAGUUCGAUCACGUUAUCAACUACUAUUUAGACCGAAAAUGGAUUCAAAACUAUGUUCCUGGCCUUGACAAAGAGCUGAAAUUCUUAUCGGGACGAAAUGCAUACAAACUGAAACAAAUCACCGCACCAUUGUAAAACAAACACUUUCCUUUUGGCUUAACCAGUCCACAUUUAUUAUUUUUUUUGUUUUUCGAAAUAAAUGUUGAUUUUUAAGAAACGUUCGAAAAUUCAAUUAGAAUAUUUACAAUUGAACAGCUAGCUUAAAAAAAUCUGACAGGCAAUAUAAUAAAAAAAUUAAAUACGAAAAAAA